AAACUUAGUACGUAUUGAACUCUCGAUCGACACACAUCGUCUCUCGAUUCACCACACGAUUUCAUUUGACCGUACCUGUGUAAUAAAGUAAAGUUUUGUGGUGUAUAAAUUUGAAUAAUUUUCACUAGAUAUGAGCAUCUUUUUCAUUAACGGAUUCUUCUUACUGUGCUUCAUCAUGGCCACGGUACCGGAUGUUCUGGUGCUGGGUUCACCGAAAGCCACGAAACUUGUCGACAAGAAUACGCCGCCGAUAAUGUGCAACUACAGCAGAGCUAAUUAAGUACUGAAAGCUCAAUGCUCCAAUCGAAAAUUUAAAAAAAUCCCUAUGGAUUUAAAGGCGGACAUACAGAUGCUGGAUAUGAGCGGGAGUCAUUUGAUGGUACUGACGAAUAAAAGUCUGCAUUCUUACAAGAAACUGACCUACAUCAAUCUAGGUAACAAUUUCAUCUAUAAAAUUAACAAGGCAGCCUUCGCCAAUCAGCCUUACUUGGAGGUGCUGAAUCUCACGAAGAACUUAAUGUACACACUGCCCAAAAGUAUCUUCCAAUUGCCGUAUCUUCACUCACUCUACCUCGACCGUAACCUGCUCCACGAUUCCGUGUUCAAGGUAAAGGUCACAUCGCCUCUCAGAGUGCUGGAGCUAAAUAGGAACUUGCUAUCCGUGAUCCCGAACAUAGGCGUCCAGCCGACCCUCCUUAAUCUGAACCUGUCCGGCAACGUAAUUACCUCGAUCAGCACCGAGGAUCUGGCGCCGUUUUGCUCGCUGAAGGACCUUGACCUGACCAGUAAUAGGAUCAGAUUCAACGGGAGCAGCUGCGAUUGUCAGAAGUUCAGCGCGUGGGUGAAGCUGCGGCAGAUCAAGAUAAAGACAGACGAUCUCUACAAAUGUACCGAGUCACCGGCAGCUUUGAACGAGACCUGCGCCAACGUAAGAUUCAGCAAUCGGACGUACGAGCUGUUCGACCAGUGCUCGGCCAUGAUACCGCAGAAGAUAGAGACCGAGGAAGUUGGAGCGGUCUGGAUAAGCGUCGCCUUAUGCAUUAUAGUGCUCCUCUUCGUAGUGUUUAUGGCGUUGUUUUACGUGUACAGCGGUACCGUAGGGAGCAGAUAG